CUGAUCGGGCUACUCCCUUGUAAUACGCUUGAGUACUCAAAACAACCUUUACACUAUUUCCUCACUUUUCAGGCUUAUCUUCUAAGCCCACAGCCACGACGUCGCAGUGACACCGUAGAUGGCAAUUACGCCAAGCCGUUCAAUGGUGACUUGGGCGAUUUUUCCACCGGGCCUCCAUUCGGCCCACUUCGGCAGCCUUCUGCUGCCAAGACAUCACCGUUUUCCGUACCCUCUCAGCGGUCUGUCCUGGCUCAACCGUCAUCAUCACAUCAACAAAUCAUGCCAUCGGUACCACCUCAUCAAAACCACACAGGCUCUCCGCUGAGCAAACGUCGCGUUGAGACCAUAGUCGACUACGAGAAGAAAAAGCAGGGUCCACCUGUGAUCAGAACAACAGUCGAAGGCAAACUUCGGAUGGAAAAAAUUGUUGGUGCCGACCUCAUUACGGUCGACAGUUGCGUGUCGAGUGCGUGGACUGUUCGAGAUACAGUCACCAAUUACAAGAUCAAAUCAACCAUUGGAAAGAAGAGUCUGAUCCUUGAGGAGAUGAAAGAAGGUCAUUCGAAGUUCAAGAUCACUCUGAUUGAAAAUGGAGAGACAAAAAUGGAAAAGGAAGCAACACUAGAAAUACCAGAUUUCAUGAACAAGAAGGACUAUCUCUCAGAGGUUGGUCAACGCCUUUUGAGAGAUCUGCGCGAAGACGCGGAUGCAGUCAGUGCCGUAACUCAUGUUGAGGUGGAGGUUGUUGAAGACGUCACCAAUAUCCUGAAGACAUACGUGAUAGGUGAACGAGCCGAUGAGUACUUGGAAGAAGAAAUGCCACAGGCGCUUCAUUAUGAAGAAACUGCGGACAGAACACCGUCACCGAUUCUGCAGGAGAAGGUCGAGAAGAUUUAUGUGGAUACGUUGACUCGUGAAGAAGAGGAAUGGCAUGAGUUAGAAAAGGCCGACAUCAGAGUGAUGCGUGAUGGCCAUCACUUCGAAGGAGAAGGGGCCCUAAAAAGGACUCGUCGUCUGGAGACUGAUGAUUCAGUGGAAGUUAUACCGAAGGCCAGAUGCGCAAACGCGUUCGCAGAUUGCGAUUUGAUUCGACGAGAGGAUAGCUCCAACUUCACCGUGCACAUUGCCAUUCCUCUAGUCAAGGAAAUAUCAAUGAUUCUUACAAGGCGUGUCCAGAAACGUCAGCAAGAACUGUCCAAAGUUUUUGCUAUGGAGCAGGCGGGACAGUUCUUUGAGGAUGAGACUUCUCUUAGACGUCUCCAUGGACGAGUAGAGUCUGCUGAAGAAGAGAAUCUGAUUAGGAUUGAGGAAGAGGAGCCGAUUUUCCAGAAGGUGAAAGUGAACGAAGUAGCAGUUGAAAAAGAAAGAAAACUGGGACAAAGCACUGUCGAAGGUGGUAGCUACGAAAUGGAGCAGGAUGGUGUGAAAUUGAUCGGCGAAACAGUAAUCAAACGGCGUGGCAGAGCUUUCGAUUCCGAAUCUUCAGAGGAAAUCCCAGCGCCCAAGAAAAUUACCGUGCAGGAACGUGAAGCGCACGGAGGACAGUACGCACUGGAAAUGGAAGGAAUGACUCUUCGUGGAGAAAAAACCUUCCGACAUAAAGAUAAGCUCUAUGAGUCCGAGUCCGAGGAGUCUGUCCAGUGGGAUGGAGGUUCGCCCACUAUAGUGGACCUGGUCAAAAAGGAAUCUGACUCCUACUUCGAUGUCGUAUUCGAAACCGAUAACACCUACGAACCGCAAUUCAUGCAAAUUAAACGAGCGGUGAUGAUGAAAGCGUCGUGCGAGAUGACCUCCGCCUUCAUGGUUCCCUGCGAAGAUUUUGAAGAGUCCUCAGUCGUCAGGAAGGAUAAAUCGUCAUGGAGUGAAUCGUUCCAAUGUCGGGAACUUGCCGAGCAGUAUGCAGAUGUGACGGUGGCGCUUCAAAAUAUGGUUAGACCAGAAGAAAGGAACAUGGCGACAAUGUGUAAUUUAGCGGCUGUGUCUCGCUCAGGAACUCAGGGUCGCUUCCGUGAGGUUCGAGAGGAGCAAGCGAUGAUGCUUUGCGGUUUUGAUAACACCAAACCACGAACUGGAGAGGCAACGACUGUGAGACGGGAAAAGAACCUGCACGCUGCAAGCUUCCUCACCUCAGCAGCUGAGUUCGAACAUGUCACACUCGCGACUGGCUUAAAUCAUUCUGGGGAGAUGCUUGGAGUCCAGAGCUCAUCAAAGACGCCAAACACAAUUGGUGUCGCAGCUAAACUCAAAGAGAUGUCUCUAGAACAUGCGACCAGUGUUAUUUACCUCCAAAAGAUGCCCAAAGACCAGGAUCAGAUCGCAGACGGAGUUAGUAAGGACAAGCACGUGAGGAAAGAGUUCCUGAGGACUCGAGCAGCUUCCGAUAGCGCAGUCACGUCUCAAAUGGCGAUUAAGAGGGAAGCGUCGUUCCCUUCAGCCAUAGGCGUUCAAGAGGUUUUUGCCACGCCCAAUACGUCUUCAUCAGCCAUGCGAGCAUGGGCAUCAGAGAGUCGUUCAAUCGCCUCUACACUAAUGCUCAAUAAAGGAGCUAAUGCCCAGACGGCAGGCAUCAAAGUUCGCGACCGCCAUCGACAACAGGCCGAAACGCACAUAGCUGAAUAUGGUCAAGCACAGGAGCACUGCACGGUUAUGAUGAAGAACACCGGAGGAGCACAUGGAGCAACGUCAACCGCAUUGGCUGAAGCGGUCACAGAUUUACGUAUACGUCGGAAAGAUGCCGCGUCCGAGGUGACUGUAUACUUCCUGUACAAGCAAGUGCUUGGCAAUUACGCUAUGGCAGCCCUUGGUCUAUAUCUUGGCGACCGUAUACGGAAGAUACACGAAGAGCAGCACACGAAAGAAGUGCUACAUACCUCAGAGAAGCUUCUUCAAUAUGAAAGCAACCAGGUUGAGUACUCGGACGAUUUCGAGCGCAGAGAAGCGAGCCGUCAUUAUGUUACAGACCUGAGAAGCGGCACAGAGGCAAAAGGGGGAAUACACAAAGAGACAUUCAUAUCAAAAGAACAACAACAACAAGUGCAAAUACAAACGACCAACUUUACAAAUCAACAACAUCAACAAAACACAAGCGCAAGAGCUUUUUCAAAAGAGCAGCAAGAUUUCUUCUCAUUGCAAGGGAACAAACUCGAAGGGGAGACUAGAUCAGGUCAGGAAAGUACGUCAGAGGGAUUAGUAGGGCGUGGUUACUUGACAGAACGUUCACAAGAAGAGCGAGUUAAGUUGAACGAAAGCAUUACAAUUCGAGGGGUGGGAGAUUAUACUGAACAAUCCCAUGAGACCAAAACAACAGUGCAAAAGGGAUCUACACAGGGACUUCCGGGAAAAGGAAAAGAAAACCAAGACAAGGAAAAGGAGGCUGCAACUCUUCGGUUGGACGAAUCCAAGCAAGAGCUAAGCAGUGUUCAAAGCACUUUUGGAAAGCUUGUACCCAAACCGGAAAUGGCAGAAGAGGUUGAAUUUGGUUACGUAGAGAGCGUGACUACUAAACAUGGAGUAGCAGUAAAUGCAAGCAGGGAAAGCGUCACAGAAAAGGAAGUAGUGAUGCAUAGAGCUCAUUCAGAAGUAGAUAUCGCUGCGAUCAGCACCACUCCUCUCAAAGACUCUGCCCGUUUGGCAUCAAGUGCUUCCAAAGAGGAAUUUUGCGGUUUGUCAGACACGGAAACCCAAAUGUCUAUUGAGAUAGCUCAUGAAGUAAAGGAAGAGCAGGCAGUGGAGUGGAAACUGAUGCAAGGGGCUUCUGUGGGGAAGGCAUUCGGAGUUGCUACGUUGACGAAUCAAUUCAUUAUGGAAAAUGAAAUGAAGUCUGUUGGAAGUGAAUUUGCUCUUCCAGAGUGUUCUGCUGCAUCGGAGAAAAUCAAGCUACGCAACGAAAGUGCUCUUUUGCAUGGUUCUAUAGGUUUCCUUACUCCUCGCGCACCUGAAUCCGAACAGACGGCCACGUUGUUCAGUGAUAUACCCGUACUAAGAAACGGUGCCAACAUGAGGGCAGCCUCAGAAGUAACCAUAGAUACCCUUGGGAAAAUGGAAUGUGAUGGUAGCUCAGAGACGGUUGAAAUGGUCCGAAAAAUCGGUGAUUUCCAGAAUGUAUCCUUGAGUGGCUUGGGUAGCAGGGAAUCAGAAAUCACUUUGAACACGGGUGACUACUUGAAAACCCAAGAAGAAGCCACAACUCAAACGAUUCUCGCCGAUGUGGUGAAGGAUUGGAUAUCACUGAUGUCCUCUGAGAGUGCAGAAGAAGUCGUGAAUUCAUUGUGGAGAACUUAUGAGGUGGAAGCAGGUACAGCACUUCUACGAAUAGGACUGAAAACGACGCUCCCACUGUUCAAAAGUGUGUGUGCAGCUGGUGAAUUAUCCACUGAAUGUGCUAGACAACUAAGCGCCGAGGUACGUGAUGAGGUGACUGCUCAUCUGAAAGAAAUCCCCACAGAUAAAAGCCAGAGAGCAUUCCACAUCUCGUCGCAUAAAAACGAUGAGUUUAACCUAUCGACUGGUCCAAAGUCUCUGGAAACCUCUGCACUACUGUCUAGCCCUUCCCAAGAUUCUUCUCGAGCCAAACUUCGUGAAUUUGGUAGUACAGCAGUCGACUCGAAAAACAUUGUGGGAACAUUAUCGGCUCCAUCGGCACCUUUCGAAGAAGUUGAAACAACCCUUCCUAUGAAAGCAACCAUUUCACGCAUUCUGAGCGCAAAGGCUAGCUCUGAAGAUGUUACGGAACUUCUGGAAUUCCUCACCAAACAUGAGCAUUUGGUCGAUAUUAGCUUAAUCAAAGCAAUUGUAUUGAAAGAAAAGGAUAAGCUGAGCGUAGGUGCGACUCGCACCCUGAACGCAGCUUUGACGGCGGCUUUAGAAAAAUCAUCAGUUCGUAGUGUGACAGGAGUGACACUUGCUGCCAAGCUCCUAGAAGAAGCUAGCACAUUCGUACAGUCUGCAACAGAGGAAUAUGUACAUGGCAUAUGGAGAACUGUAAGCAGUGCUGCCGAAGCCCGUUCACAAUGGCCGGAGCAUAGCACAAUAGCUAAGAAACAGGAUCUCUCUAGUCCAGGGUGUACGUCAUCUGUUGUGGAAGCGACUUUAGGGAGAAGCCCACAUGCGACAGCAGAAUGUCGCAAGGGGACGACAUUAAAAGAAGCAGUUGAGCGUAUUUUCUAUACUGAACUAGAAAGGGCACAAUCAGAACUUCUCCGGAGCGAAGAAUGCCGGAGUGGAUCAGCUGUGGUAUCCAUUCCAAGAAUGGGAUCCGCUGAGAGCACGGUAAGAGAGCAAGGUCAGGUGGAAGCGUUCACCAGUGGAGUGGUAGGGACUAUUCAACAGCCUAGAGAGAGCAGGGACUCCGUGGAAUCGAUACAACGGAGAUGUCCGUUGAUCCAGAUGAUAUAUUCAGCCAAAUCAACUAAUGAGGAACAUAGCGAGCUUCUCGCAUCAUUGGAACGAUUCCGAGAAGAUGUUUACAUAGAGAAGAUUCUGAAUGUCUUGAAAACGGAGCAGCUGAAGUUCAGCGCUUUUGCAAGUCGUACACUUUGCAAAGUGAUCGAGCAGGAGUUGCACAGAACAAGCGAUGUCAAGGAGCUUGCUCAUAAUGUGGCUAGUGCUGUAAAAACUGCUCUUUCUCUGACUGUCAGAGAAGUUGUGGAUGAAAACACAUUCGCGAUCAUCAGAAGUUUGGAAAGCACUUCUGAAACCUCUAUGCUGUUGAUUUUGUCAUCCGUGGAAAAAAUGCUCACUAAAAUGCAAGCUUCAUCAGAGCAUAGCGAACAAGUGUCACCACACAUAAUUCGUGCGUUGACGGAAGCUACGAGCAACAUCUCUGUCCCUGUUCAACCAACCGCAGCAAGUGGUCGAAAAUUUACUAUUGAAGAGAAGUCCGUGACUCAGGGAUUUGGCUUGGCUCCACACGAAGAAGAGUCAACCAGAACGCUUCCCAAAGUAAGAGAGGAAGAGAUAAGUGGUGUAGCUCGUGAGUAUGGACAUGAGUCGGUUGAAGUGCAAGGUGCACUAAGCGUAAUUAACCAACCAAUUCAACAACAGGGAGAAGUUGAAAAAGUUGCUCAACGGUCAGAACACCUCCAGUUUCUGCACAGCACCCAAGCAACCAGAGAAGAGCAAGCUGCCCUGGUCAAUUUGCUGAGUAAAUAUCAGGAUGACGAAAAUGUAGCAGCGGUCAUUCACCAUAUCGCUGUCGAGAAGGUCGUUCUCAGUAGGAAACUCAUCAAGGAAAUAACUACUUCAGUAGAACGGGAAUUAAGCAAAUCCCCAGAAACAGCCGACAUCAGCGCAAGGGUGGCUGACGUUCUUCGCUAUUGCAUAACUGAAGCUCUAACAGAGAUUGUCGAUGAGAAUGCCUUUUGCAUUCUCCGGACGAAAGAAGUCACGUCUACUUCGGCGUUGGUUUCCGCACUCUCCCUGCUUGAUUCCGCUAAAGCACAAGUUCGAGCACCGCAACAAGAGACAAUCUCCUGUGACACCGCAUUACUGACAGAGCCAUCAGGGCACGACUCAGCAGUCAUUCCCUUUCAAUCGAAGUCCGCGGAAACUCGGAAGUUCGCUGUGAGUGCAGAAAUACUUCAUGUGAUUCGAGAGCAGGUCACAGGGGAAGGUGCCAGAACUCUCCCACACAAUGCUGUCGAACGUGCACAGGGCUCACUCCAGGAACAAGGAAUGGAGUGCGCGAACAUUAGUGCUUCAUAUGGAGUACUGCCACAACCUAGGCCUGAACAGAAAGAAGUUGGCAUCGUUUCUGGAACACCGAGAUCUUUCAGUACUGGUCAUAGUUUCGAGUCCUCUAAGGAGGAACGGGUGGAACUGGUGAAACUACUAGAGAAGUUCCAAGAGAAUGAUGAAGUAUCAAAAAUCAUCCGAGAUUUGAUGUCAGAAAAGAUUGAGUUCAGCAGACCAAUGGUCCACUCCAUGCUGCAAUCGAUUAAAGAUCUUCAGAAGACACCUGACAUUGGGUGUAUCGAAUGGACAGUUGUUGAAACGCUCCAGAAGAUCAUUUUGGGAGCUGUCAAACAUGCAGCUGAAGAAACUGCUGCUACUAUAGUAGAGUCUUUGAAAUCUUGUUCGACUGCGAACUUAGCAGUGGCACUAACAGCCUCAGAACUCAUAGCAAGUUGCCCACGAGCACUUGAACAGGCUGAGAUAUCCGUCGUUUCUGGAACAGACAGAUGUCUUUCCCGAUCCCAGGCAUCGAUAUGGAACUUGAUUAGGCUGCUGAAAAAGUACGAUGAUGACGAAGAUGUGGCCGGUAUUGUACGGGAUCUCGUUUCAGGAAGGGUCAGUUUCAGCGGGCAUGCCAUUGAAACAGUUACUACCGCUGUGGAGAAGGAGAUUAACCGUGCUCAAGAGGCAUCUGAUGUUAGCCAAAGGGUUUCAGAGGCACUCCGAUCUGCGAUCUCCGCAAGUGUAAAACAGAUAGCGGAGGAAAAUGCAUCAAUUGUGCUAGAAACAAAGGAGGUGGCAUCCAUCGCACAGUUAGCCAUGGCCAUAGCUGCGUUGGAAUCACAACGAAUAAGCGUUAGAUCCUCCGAGGAGAACGCUAUUUCUACCGAUACCGAUCUCACUCAAAGAGCUCGCAGUUCACAGGAACUAACACUUCCUAUACGAGGGAUGUCAAAGGCAGAGCGACAGUUUUCUAUCAGCACGGAAGUUAUAGCUUCCAUUCUGGAAAGGGUAGGAGAGCAUGGUGAGGUCGAAGUCAUUUCUACGACGUCGGAACGGUAUUCUUCCAAAAAUCUGCUGAAAGCGUCUUCAGACGAAACAAUGGAGUUAGUGGAACUAUUGACCAAGUACCAAAGUGACGCUGAAGUGUCCAAAAUUAUUGACGACCUGAGAUCGGAGAGGCUUGUGCUAAGCAGUUCAUUGACUCAAUCGACAAUUCGAGCCGUUGAACAGCUUCAAAAUCUAAAUGAUAUAAAAGUUAUGGAAAGCGCAGUUGCGGAGACCGUUCGUGAUGUGGUGUCAGAAGCAGUUGAGCAGAAGGUCCGCGAAACCUUCUGCAGUAUAGAACAGUCGAUGAGCAGAGCUUCUACAGCGAACCUUGCUCUGACACUGAGUACCUCGGAAGCUCUCAUAAGUCAUUUACGCGCCGUAGAGCCAGAGGAACACCGCGCACACGUACAAGAACGGUUCAGCACGAUUUCGGCGACACCACGACCUCCCUACCUUAGAUUCCUCGAUCAGGAAUCUGUACAGUGUAACAAGGAAGUUACGCGUCGUAUGAUCAACAGUAUUGAAGAGAUACUGUCAAAAUCGACAGAGGUUGAGAAUGUGGCCUUGUCAAUCGUAGAACGCAUGCGAGCGGUUUUGAACGAGGCGAUUAAGGAGCUAACUGAUGAAGCAACGCUUCAGUUGCUCUACUCAAGCUCAUCUAGCUCGAUUACCACUAUGUUGGUAACCCUUAACUCACUGGAAUCAGCAUUCAGAAGAAUUUCUGAAUCAACAUCUGAGCAGGCUGCAGACGCUCUUGCUUUAUCUAAAGAAGUAGCUGAGAGUUGCUUAGUCUCAGAAAAACGACGACAGUUGCAGCUCCUGCAUCUUCUAAAAGCUUCAGCAGAGGAAAGAAAACUUCUGAUAGAAUAUCUCGCAAGAUAUAAGCAUCAUUCUGAAAUCGAAGAGGUUUUGAAGAUUGUUGAGUCUACCGAUGUGGAGCUAAGCCACCGUAUGACAUCACAAAUCAUUUCUGUACUUGAAAUGAAUCAGCUAUCCUCUUCAGAGGAAGUUUUAGAUGAUGUUAUCGAUAAGGUACGAGCGGUACUUAUUGAAAAUUUCAAAGAAAUUACUGAAGAGAAGGCGUAUGGCAUGUGGCACACAGUCGAGCCCACAGCAUCCCUCGGUACCCUUCUGAUGACCCUUAUAUCGACAGAGAAAAUUAUUGAAGAAGUCGUCACUCUCACUGAAACAGGUACUAAUGCAGGGUGUAGGGUUGAGGAAAAGUUGACUGUAAAAGAACCAUCUGAUCAAGUUGUUCUGGGGACAUGGCAACCGAUGCAGACACAGGCGUUUGCGGGGAGUAUUUUGGGAGAAUGGUAUAAUGAAGUUGAGCGAAUGCAAAGCGCAAUUCAAGCAAGUCAGUCAACAGCAAUGCAAAUCGAGCAAGAUCUGGCAAAAACCCAAGAGCAUGUAGUAACAUCGCAAAAGCAAAUCGACAGCAAGCAAUUCAAAAUAGCAAAUGAGACGCAGACCAUCCCUUUUGAGAAAUCAGCAACCAUUGCCAGUGAUUCAGUUUCAAUCAUUCCAGAGGCAUCGAAAUCAUCGACGGUAACCCAAGUGGCCGAGUUCGGUUCCGAAUCUGCCAACGUCCUGAGCACUCAUGGAUAUGUCCAACCGAAACUCGAAGAAGAAGCAGAGGCCGAGUUAUUAAUCAAGAGGAGCCGAGGUCAAGCUGAAGCGACUACCGUCUCCGCAACCAGAGUGGAGACAACCGAGCGUGAGACGAAACUCAGCCGAACGAGUGAACAAGAAAAGGUCCAGGUUACAUCGACCGAAGUACCUGUUGAGGGUACAAUGUUGGCUGCACAGGCAUCACGAAGAGAAGAUGUAUCAGAAAUAAUGACGCUUCAAAAUGCUGUCCAAAAAGGCGACAUUGAACGAAUCGAAAUGGAGAAGGUAAGAUUGGAAGGAGUAGAAACUGUAGAAGAGACCAGAGAUGAAAACGCUUAUGGUGUAUGGAAUACGCAAGAGAAGCAUGCCAAGACAUCAACCCUUAUAGGACUGCCAGUUCCAAAAGGAGCUCCAUCCCACGGGAUUGCAAUGUCGCUGCCGGAGGCUAGCAGGAUGAGCACUGGGAUUUCUAGCAAGGAAGUAUCGGAAACAUCCGUUUACGGCAUAUGGGAUUCUGUCAAUACUAAAGCCAGUUCCCAAAAAAGUAUUCAAAGCUUGAGUUUGGAAUCAACAAAUGUGAAGUUCUCCGCAAGUGCGUGUAGUGAGGAUGAAGUGCAAGCUGAUGUCAAAUUGGAAGCGGGGCCUGCUCUUGAUAUCACAUCGGUUCUCCCUGUUAUACAAAAAGAAGGUGGUUCAAGACAAUUCAACAUUGAAAACCAACAAAUCCCGACAACUUGUCAAAGGUCUCCGCAGGAAGAAGUGGUUGUGGUAAAUAAAAAGGAUAUAGCAACUGCUUCCUCCUCUGGGAAGGUCAGGGAAUUCAACGAGGAAAGUGCUGAAAUGGGUGCUUCACUAGGAUUCAUCGAGACGCGCCUGGACGAGUAUGAUGAGGCAUCCGCCAAAAUGGAUAUUCAAAGGAAGUUGGGAAUAGAGCAGAAGGUGAAAGCAACUGAGGAUGUGAAGUUAGAUGAAUCUCUUGACUUACGAAAGGAUGAAACUGCAGUAGGGUCCGUCAGGGUGAUUCAAGAAGCCCUUAGGAGGAAAGAGGAAAAGGCAACCCGGGCAACUACUUUAACCUCAACGAGUAAGGAUGAGAAUAUGAGUGUAGACCAACAAACAGAAUUGGCAGGUGUUAGACUCAAAGAAAAGCUCUCGCAGACUUGUGAAAUGAAAGUACGAGAGAGCAGCGAACAGCAAGUGCAAGGGCUAUGGCGUUGCACACCUGGGACCGAAACUUCAAUAACUUUAAAAGAACGAGAAAAGUCGGUAGAGAGAGGGUUGCUCUCUACGGCUGCUUCUGAAUACAACGAAGUGUCCCAUACUGAAGCUAAGAUGCGUGACCUCUCGGAUUCAGUGCAGGGAACUUUGGUUGAUCAGCAACAAGAGUCCGUAGUUGAGAGCUAUGGUAUCGCAUCUGCGGUCGCUUCCGCAGUCGUCAGAAAGCCUGACAGUCAAACAUCCGUCAGUGAGCGAUUGGAUGAGAAAACCGCCACGUCUUUGACGGGAGUCUUCAGAGAGCUCACGAACGAAGAGGUUGCACUCGGAAUUUUCUCCCAAACUAUUCAACCUCCUAAAGACCAAUUUGAGGGAAGAAAUGUGGUGAUUAGUAGCACUAAUACGGUACGUCUGCAAGAAAAUUUGGAGGCACCGAAAGAAUGUACAGCUGACAAGACAGCUAAUUUCGCCAAAGAGGAGGGGCAAGCAAUGGCUCAACAUCGGGUAGUAGAUAAGCAAGAAGUUGGCGGUGAGGCUAGAAUGAAAGCUGCUGAAGAGCACCAAAUCGUGUUAGGAAUAGACAAAAGCAAUCAAGAACACAAAGAGGGCAAUUCAGUACUGUUGACAGAGAUCACUAGACUGAAAGGCACUCUGACCGCCAAAGAAAUUCAAGAUGAAACUGCGGCCGCAAUGUUGACAACAGUAGAUGCAAAGGCAGACACAGAAAUGACGCUUAGAAGUCAUGCGUUGGAAAUAGAACGAACGAUUAAAGAUGUAGUUGCGACCAGCGAUGCUGUCACAGAGGGACAGUAUGAACUAAGUAUGACUCCCUCGAGUGACGCUACGCGAAUCAUCAGCGACAGUGAGCGAGCGAGCGAUAAACGACGCUUAGAAAUUAGCGAACGAGAAAAAAUUGUAGAAUUAGCAUAUCCAACGCAAACCGCUGACUUUACAGGCCGGCGGGACUACUCUGAACGCGAACACCAAGAGAGUGUCUAUCGUGAGUUUGGUAGCGAGGAAAGCAGUCACGCUCUUUCACUCUCUAGGAUCGAAGCCCCCACAGCCCAUAAGGAACACGUUGGAAUGACAAAGAAGAUCUCAAGAACACUCUCGCUCGAAAGGCGAUUACAGGCAACGAGUGAUGACCAGACGAGCACCUUUAUGGAAAUGAAAGUUGACUCGAAUGAAGCACGAAUAGAUAAAGAAGUAAAUGAUUUCUACAAGGUGAAGAGUGUUGUAUGCCUUAAGGCUGCCAGUGAAGAAAAGGCGAAUAUUACUCGGCAUCUAUCGAGAAGUGAGAGUGAAUUAAGAGCUCAACGUGAGUUACGUACGUCCCGCGAUGAAAUACUUUCAUCUCAGAAAUACAAAGAGUUCAUUUCGGAAGUUCAAGGACUCACCACUCACUGGGAUGUAAUUGAAACAGAACAAGCGGCACUGAUCUGUUGGAAGGAAGCAGAUCAGCAGUCUUCGCAACUUCUCACCAAAUCGGUGUCGGAAGUUGACGUUGGCACCACUCUUAAUCUAGCCGUUCGGAGACCAGCUCGGAACUACGAGCUAGAGCUACCUUUAGGAUCAUCAGAGUCUGUAGUGCGACAGCUUAGUUCAGACGAUAUUCAAACCAGCUUGACUCUGCAACGAAGCGCUUCCGAGGACGCCGCUCAAUCUACUGCUCCAGAAGCAAGAAAAUCAGUAGACUACAGAAGCUUCCAUGAAUACGGCGAGGAUAGUACUGCUACAUCAGUGGAGUUCGGAAAGAUUCCAGUAAAAACACACUCUCACGAGGAUGUAAUUAGGAGCUUAACAGAUGUGAGGAAACUCGUCCAAGUGCAUUCGACAAUGGCAUCGGAAGAGCUCGAGGUUUCCGCUGAACAACAGCUUCAGAAAGCUUCUGAAAUUGAAAGCAGCAGGAAAUUGGUCGUUCUCAAUAAUUCGAUGAGGCUUCAAAAGCAAGUUGCUUCAGCAAAGGAGACAGCCUCGACCUCCACUGUGACGCUUGGGCGACAGGACAGUAUAGAAAGAGCAGAUAUUGUAACCAAGGAAGUGUGUUCUGUAGUACAGGAAACAGGACGUAUUCCAGAAACUAAAGAAGAAGUGACUUCAUCACAAUAUGAGACUUAUGAGAAUGUUUCGUCUGAUUCUAAAGCAAUUGCGGUUGACAAUCAGGCCAGAUUGGCGGCAAGUAUGCGCGCGGUUGAAGAAACAAGCACUGGAUCAUCACUGAAUAUAGAACGAGCUGAUAGCGUACAGGUCGCACGAACAGACAUCCCACUUAAAAGAAGUGAAAUGCAGGAGCGAAAGUUUCAAAUCCAAAUGACAAAGUCGGAAAAACACCUUGAACGGGUAGAGGACGAGGAUGUUUCGGAAAGUAUCAACACCCUUUCAAUGAAGGAGUUGACCUCUGCAAAACUACAUGAGUAUGGCGAUGAAAAAACUCAACUAUGCACCCUUUUCGGUAAAAUCACCCAGAAGAAGUACGAGAGUGAUGAAGCCGAAGGAUCUCUUCCAGUGCCACGACGAUGGCUUGAGUUCUUCAGCUCAAAGGCCGCUGGCGACCAUGAGGUGAUGAUCACGUUGGUGCUACGAAGAAACGAUAAACAAGCAGAUGUGAGGAAGACUGUUUACAUCACUCAUGACUUGAAAUCAGAGUCCUAUGUUAAGGCAAGCUCAUUUGAAGCCGCUAACACCACGACUUCGUACUCCAAGGCUGGAACCAAAGAAAGCGCUAGCAUAAAACUCCGAGGACGGUCAAAAGAACGUGCCCAGAAGAAGUUCCUCGAACAGGAGUGGAAUCUUCAAUCAACGGCUUCCGAAUGGCAGACUAUCCUGAACGAUCUAGAAGCGGAAGUGACCAAAGCACAGAUAUUAAGCGAAAGCUUCAAAUUCUCCACAAAGGCCCCAACUAUGAAAGAUGCCUCAAAUGACCAAUGGAUCGCAAGAGAUCAAGCUACAGCUGGUGCAACCCUAUUCAUGCCUUCUGUUACUACUGAAAAACAGCUGAGAGCAUUUUCUAUUGACCAUGAAGAUCGCACUCUUCAGAUUCACCACAUAGACCAAGAUUUUGCCGAAAUUGAGCAACUUAUCGAUGAAAUCAAUCGAGAGUCUGGUCUUCGUGUAUCUUUCCGAGAAUACGAAAAAACGGACAGCGAUAGUGGCAUCACUCUUGUACGCAGAACUCUGCCAAAAACUCGAGAAUCUUGUAGCCAUGUUGUGAGCGUUUCUACAUCUCUUCAGCAACUUUUCGCUACUCAAGCAGCUACUGAUGACCGUCGCGAGUCAACUGUAGAACUAACUUUACCAAGCCCUUCACUGAAGGCAGAAGUCGUACCAAGAAUUGCAAGAAAGGAAAGAAUAGCUCUUUCUACGAAGCACUCAACAGAUAUCGCAGUCAGUACUUCGGCGAAUUACAACAAGUGCGCAGACCACAGUUCUUCUACCUUGGCCAAACAGAAGUAUUUCAUCAGGGAGAAAAGCAGUGAGCGUUUCAGAGAAGCAGAAGAUGGAGCCAUUGAAAUCCUUUCCAAUUGGGAAGGAGUUGAACGUGACCUUGAAGCUGAGGUGUACCUACCGAAGAGGUUAGAAGUGAAAUCCAGUCUGGCGACGUUCCAAACAUCUGAGGAAGUUGAGACCCUAACGAAAGGAAUGGUUCUACCAGAGGAACUGGUCCAUGUCGCUGUACUUAAGCGAGUUGUUCCCAGUGAAAAAGUUUCCAUACGACUUGUUAUAGAAGAGUGCUGUACAGAAGCGAACUUUACUGGAAAGGCUGGAGAAAUCACUUCUACUGAAGUCACUCUCCCAGAAAAGAUACUCAGAAAGGAAUCGUGGAGAUUGAAGGAGAGCGGUGACGUCAAGUUUAACGCCGUUAUUAGUUUGGUCAAACUCGAUGUACAAAAACCAAUUCGAAAACAAGAAAUACUCAUAUCAGACAAGAUCUGCAUUUCAGCCGCUCCAGUGUACAUAAAGGCAGAUGCCGUUGAGACCGACCUCGUUUGGAGUGACCACCAUCUUCUCAAAACACCUAUUCAAUUCACUGUCGGUAAGAAGUUCACCUCAGCAAACACGGCACCCGGAUUGNAGAUGAAGACCGCGGAGAGUGGUGACGAGAAGAUUCGUUUGGCUGUGGAACUACUUGGAAGCAAGGGUGGAGUCGAUAAAGUUGCUUAUGAUUGGCCUUUAGCGAAUUGGACGGAAGGAAUAAUGCUUGAGACGGAAGAAUUCGGUGAUGAACACACUGUUUUCUACGCUCAGCUGAACCAUAGAGAGAUGAUCUGUGAAGAGGCAGAGAAGACAAAGGCAAUCCCAAGAUGGGAUGGAAUAUUCCUCAGAACGAAAGAAAGCAAAGAAGAAGAGCAUGCUGUGGCAGCUGAUUGGUCUGUUGCGCCACAAAAGGAGCAGUUUAAUAAGCUGAUUUGUAUCAGCAACACGGGAACCAACGUGGAUUUCUCCUGCUUGGAAAGCGGAGAAGAGGUUGUCGUCAUGGGAGUGGCAUUUGAACUUCCACAACUCGCGGAACAAUCGGAUUGCAAAUGGGUUGACAAACGCUUUGGGGGAGAUUACUUUUUAUAUGGCAAGGCGGCAACAGCAGAGGACCGUCAAACGGCAGUGGCUUUGGUACAGAAGGUCCAACUUGAGGCUGUGCGUCACAAACAAACGCAAAAAAUCAAGUCAGAGAUAUGCCUAAAUGUCACAGCUGCUUCAACGGAGGUCAUUACUUUGAAUCUGAGUUACGAGACAAAGGCGAAGAGUGAAGAAGCGUUGACACUCAGAUUCUGUCCAAACCAUGCUGAACCGUUCAAAAUUCGAUUCUUGGAAAGCUUGGAGGAGUUCGCAAAUACCUAUUUCAACUUUACUACCAAGGAGUCCAGCGGAGCUUUCGAGAAAAUGUUACAGAUACCAGUGGCUGGAGAUGCAGAAGAACUCAGCUGUGAUGCUGCCGAAGACGUGCGGUUAGAUUCAAACCCAGCUCUGAGCAUCGAACCGCAAUUUGCCGUUGCUACUACCGUUGUAAAGGAUUUCAACACAAUUGCACCGACAUUCUGUAAGACCUUUGAACCGACAUCUCAAUCGAUAGGUUUCGCUACAACUUACACAAGAAAAGACAGUGAAGAUUGUGUUGCUAAGGUCCAUGAAGACCUUAAUCGCGGCUCCAAUAUUACGGUCACGAUGAAAGAGAGUAGAGAAGAGAAGCAUACUAUUUAUCAACAGUACGAGCAGGAGGAAAUGAAGGAGACCGCAGAAAAGAUGCACGCCAUUGCAUGGUUCGGAGGCCAAUAUCAUCUCAAGACGGACGCGUCAGAAGAGCAUGAAGUGAUAGCUAACAGAGAGCUGGAGAAAGUUCGAGACGUCAUUGCACACUGUGAAAAGAAGAACAUCAUAGUCCAACGCAUUGAACCUCUGAGUUUAUCUAUGAGAUCCUGCUCAACAAUAAAUUCAACAGUAGACAGGGUGUGGAAGCGCGAGGACGUCUCCUAUGUAAUUUCUAAGAAGAUUGACGCGGUGAACUCAGAAAGCGUUAAAUUGAGAGUGGAAGAGAGCGCGGAAUUCGUUGAACAUAUUCAUCCUAUGCUUUCAAAGUCGAGCGAGAAAUUCGAUUUAGACCGCACACUGUACAUCGCAGAACAAGGUGGACGACACUCAUUGAGCACCUUCGCCGCUGGCGACGAGACUGUGAGCUACACUACAGAGUUCGCCAAGCCCUUGGUGAAAGAAUAUCAGACCCAAAUUGCCAUAAUUAUCGCUAACGACACCGCACCUAUUGAACUUUAUGCACAAGCAAGCAAAACAGCACUUUCUCUAACAAGUCAUGUAUUGAAUCGUCUUGAAGUGAGGGAGGAAGUCCGCAAGGUAUACGCUGCUUCUAAUCAAGGUAUACCUGCAGUGUUCGUAGCAAAAGAAUCUGAGGAUAAUGGUGUCAUCAUGACCUCCUAUCUUCGGCGUGAUGACAGUAGCUGCCAGGAGGCAACGGUCAUUGACGAAAAACGCUAUGGAGGAGCAGUGCAGCUUACAACAAAAUUCGCUACUGACACUUAUUCUGCCAUGGGUGGCACUUUGCUGUGCCCACGACCCACUGAUCUGUCCGCUCAUAAAAUUAUAGUAAUAGGAAAUAGCGUCAGUCCUCUUAAACUCAGCACUCUUGCGUGUAGCGAAGAAGUUCGCAUAGUAGAGAAAGAUUGGACUCGAGCACCUCAACAAUACACCGUCUCGAAAAAAGUAAAUGCCCCCAACGUAGAUGUGUUCAUGAAAACGCUAAGAGAGGCAGGGGAUAGUCAUGAAACAGCUAAUUGCGUCUACAGCCGUGACAGCGAAGCCGAGCAAGCUGCAGGAACGUUGAAAGAGAAAAGGAUUGGAGGAGCAGUUGCUCUGACCACUAAACACAGCCGAGAAUGCUCUUCGGAAUCAGACAAUACGCUGGUCGCCACCCGUUUGGCUCUCGUUUCUACCGAAAAGGUUGUCGUGAUCGCGAACACCAUUCCCGGUGCUAUACUUUCAACAUAUGCUUCUAGCGUAGAGACUCAAACAAUCAAUGAAGAGUGGACCAAACCAAGCAGUUUCCAGGAGCAAACGGUCAUCUUAAAGAAGCCGAAUAUUGGCGAACACGUGAUGGUAACAGCGGGCGAAACUACCAGUGUCAAUGAAAACAUCAUUAUCCAGCUCCACAGGAAGGGCGAAAGGGCAGACAACGCCGUCACUCGAUUCAUACCCCACUCGAUCGAGCCAACGAUUAUUUCCACGAAAUUCUCAGAAGAUGUCCAUGUCGAGGUUGAUUCUGAUCUUCACGGCGUGGGUAUUUACGAAUUGGAUGCUUCAAUCAUUAUCAAAGACUGCAAUACUGAUAAAUCAUCUAUUCUCUCCUGUGAAUGUUCUAAGGAAGCGUCCACAUCAGGCGUAUUUAAUCUCACUCGUCUUAGUGAUACUCAGUCAAUCAGAGAGGUGAAGGAGGCGGCAAAUCGUGGUAUUGAUGUUGCAGUAGAAAUGCGCGAAUCAAGCUUGGUAUCCGAAAUUACGAGUGUAGUCUAUGAACGCGAUGAAAGUAUGGCGUCCGUUUCAGAGACAGUCUUCAUACCCAGGGAAGGAGGCAAAUAUCAACUAUCUACUGGACAUGCUUCCGAGGAGACAAUGCGCGUCGACAAGGACUGGACAAAGGAACGCGUAGAUGCAAUGGAAGCCAAUAUAACGAAAGUCCUGCGCAACGAGGAGAAGCCGAUCGAGCUUUUCGCGUCUGCCACCGAAGACAGUGCUAUUGGUACAAGCGUUCAGUUACAAAAAACUUCACAAACGGAAUUAAGCACGAUCAAGAAGGAUGCUCCACGUCUAGGAGAACCAGUUAUCAAAUCCAUUUACGAAUCAACCAGCGUAGAAGAGGUCAACAAUGUUCAUCUCGGACGCGACGACAGCCACAUGGAUGUCGAAAAAAUUGUCAAGUUGGCCGCUUAUGGAGGUACCGUAGAGUUGCAGACUAGCUAUGCAGAAGAAAACCAUACUGCAAUCACAUCGUGCCUCUCCAAACCGCUUGACACUAUCACAACGGAAGUAAUCCGCACCAUCAGCCGAGAAGAGUCCAUGGACAAGUAUUUGAGCGCCACCUCAGAGGAGAUCGUCGGUUCCGGUUUUGCUAUGAGCAGUGGAAAGUCAUCAAGUGAAGGUGUCAUGGUCACUAGAAUCACUUCCAACGACGCAGCACCAAUCAUAUUCAAUUCCAAAGAGGCCGAACAGAAUAGUAUUUCAACUAAUUACGUCCUUCACCGAGAGCCAAGCAAUGUCUCAGAGGAAUCGACGCUUAAGGAAGCAAGGUACGGCGGAGGGACAAACCUGUUCUGCAGCGCAGCCAGUGAAAUUUCUCCUGAUACUGUCAGCGUCAGCCUGGAGAGCCGAGGAAAAGAAGAGGAAAAUUCUCUUUCGCUCAAGAUUGCUCGAGAAGAGACCCUGCAUCUCAGUACAAAAGCUUCAACAGAAGAGUCAAUCACGGCUAACAAGGAGGUGCUUUGCACCCGAAUCUCUGCUGAGGAAGUCCACGAAACAAGAAAAGAGGCACGCAAGAUUGAGCCAACUGCUCUGGUAUCAAAAUGUAGCGAGGAAACGAUAUUCCAUCUCAACUACAGUUACCAAAAACAACCAACAGAGUUUAUGGCCACAUUUGUCGGGACAGAAUCACGAGAUGAGGGUGAAGUCCGUAUCGAAACGGAGGCAGCCCGCCAUGAACAUGCUGAGACGGAGGAAUUAUCCGUUAGUAGGCGUAUGGUCGAGGUAGAGGUGGAAGGCGUCGUUAUGCGUGGUGUUCGUGAAGCAUCACCCUUAUUACUUCAUACAGAAUCUGCAUCCGAGUACAUGGUAGGAGUCGAGCAAACCCUGGAGAAACAACAACAUCUCCGUGUCGAGUCUAUGGAAGCAACGCACGAACGCAAAAACCUGAUCGCACCAGCAGGAAUCAUGCAUAGGUCAAAGAACUUUGAAGGAAUACUCUGCACCGCCUUAGGAGAAAUGAAGAACGAAACAGUGAGCUUCGCCUCAGAAGUCACUGAGAAGACAAUGGAGAUGAUCGACCACAGUCUUGACAUGAACAUGACAAUGACUGUUGAACCAGCGUUCCAGAAGCCGUCAAUAAUCAAGAAGCCGAUGAAAAAGGAACGCGAGCAUCGCCAUCGCGAAAUGAAGCGUAAUGAAGCUCCUUCAUUCGCUCCUAUGCGGCGGAACAGUCUUCUGCAAGCUCUCGCUGUCGGUAGUCCUCACAACAUUCCACACUUCAAAACUUUGCAGGACAUUAUUCGUGCCAUCAAGCAUGCCGGCCUCGAAUAUUCGAAUCUGAUAUUCGGUAUUGACUACACCAAGUCGAACUGUUAUCAGGGCGAACGGACCUUUGACGGCCGAACGCUACACGACCUGAGUCCACAUGAAAUGAAUCCCUACCAACAGGUGAUAGAAAUAGUCGGUAAGACGCUGUCGUCAUUCGAUGCGGAUGGUAUGAUCCCAGCUUAUGGAUUUGGUGACGAAGAGUUUACUGACAAGGGCAUUUUCAAUAUUGCCGAUCGGUAUAACCUCGACAAGGACUGUAAUGGAUUUGAAGAGGUGCUAAGAAUCUACAAUGAAGUUACGCCAAAAGUAGCCAUGAGUGGACCGACAAACUUCGUUCCCUUGAUCGAACGCGCUGUUGAAAUCUGCAGAGAGAAGCACUCGUAUCACAUUCUUGUGAUUGUCGCUGACGGUCAAGUGACGAAUGAGAAGAUCAACCAGAAGGCGAUCGCUGCCGCAUCACACUACCCGCUCAGUAUUAUCAUGGUAGGCGUGGGUGAUGGUCCGUGGAACAUGAUGGGACGAUUUGACGAAAACAUUCCAAAACGAUUAUUCGACAAUUUCCAUUUUGUCGACUUUCAUAAGGUGAUGUUCAAUGCGCCGAAUCCGGAAGCAUCGUUCGCACUGAAUGCCCUCAUGGAAAUUCCAGAUCAAUACAAAGCAAUCAAGGAGCUCGGGCUUUUGAAACACACCCGUAGGGGAUAA